AUUCAGAAGAGGUCAGUUCAAGCGUUGAGCUCGGUCAUACAAUACGAAGCUGAUCAAAAACGUACAGAGUUUCCAGGAGGGCGGUCGUGCCACGAUCAAAGAGAAAGAGAGAGAGAACCUUUCUUCCCCCACGGUUUAACACAUACAAAUUUCUUGAUUUGUACGACGGUAUACUGGAUUUCAACGCGCGUCACGAGAGAAACGUUAUUCGUAAUAGAAUAAUGUCGCGUCGUGUGAUUUGACAGUGAAGGAAACAAUCGAAUGGGAAAAGUGCCUCGACAUUUAGUGCAAAUAUCCGGAUUUUGGAUAGUCGAGAGAGACAGAAGAAAUUAAUUCUUCGUUGAACGAAAGGGGUACGAGAAAGAAGACAAGGACGUCGUGGUGCGAAAGAAAGAGAACGAAAGAGAUAGAGAGAGAGGGAGAGAGGGAGAGAGAAAAGAGGAAAAUAGGAAAGAAGAAGAAGGAAGGAAAAAGGAAAAAGAAAUAAGCUCGUGACCGAGCUCGAAGAGAUGACGGGGGAGGAGGGGAAAGGUGGCGGUGGCGCCGGUGGGAAUACGAACGGUAAUGCGACCGAUAAUGUGAACAAUGUUAACGCUAACAUCAAUGCAAAUGUCAAUGUCAACAUCAACGCGAACACGAAUGUCGUUCACCAAAAUGGCGGAACGGAGAAGGCGCCGGUUGUCGGUGGUACCAACGUUGAGACAUUGCCGCGUGCUGGAAAACAGAGUGAUCCAAGCACGUCAUUUUUGAGAGCAGCUCGUGCAGGCCAACUCGAAAAGGUUUUGGAAUAUCUUGAAUCGGGCGUGGACAUUAAUGCAUCGAAUGCUAACGGACUGAAUGCUUUGCACCUGGCAGCUAAGGAUGGCCACUUGGAAAUUGUACGAGAACUUCUUAAUCGUGGCGCAGUAGUCGAUGCUGCUACUAAAAAGGGAAACACCGCAUUGCACAUUGCUUCUCUUGCUGGACAAGAGGAGGUUGUACAAUUGCUCGUUCAACAAGGUGCUUCUGUCAACGCACAGUCACAAAAUGGGUUCACACCACUAUAUAUGGCCGCUCAGGAAAAUCAUGACUCUGUGGUCAAGUACCUCCUCAGUAAGGGUGCAAAUCAAACCCUCACUACGGAGGAUGGGUUCACUCCAUUGGCGGUGGCCAUGCAACAGGGUCAUGAUAAAGUAGUUGCCGUUCUAUUGGAAAAUGAUACUCGCGGUAAAGUUCGAUUACCUGCCCUCCACAUCGCAGCUAAGAAGGAUGAUUGUAAUGCGGCUGCCCUACUUUUGCAAAACGACCAUAAUCCCGAUGUAACUUCGAAAAGUGGUUUUACGCCACUUCACAUAGCCGCGCAUUAUGGCAACGAUCGAAUUGCUUCUUUACUUUAUGACAGAGGUGCGGAUGUUAAUUUUGUUGCUAAACACAAUAUUACACCGAUUCAUGUGGCUGCAAAAUGGGGUAAAAUAAAAAUGGUAAGUCAUCUGAUGAAUAAAGGAGCAAAUAUCGAAGCUAAAACGAGAGAUGGCCUUACACCUCUUCAUUGUGCAGCAAGAUCAGGUCAUCAUGAAGUUGUUGAUAUUCUUAUUGAAAAAGGAGCACCCAUUGGGUCUAAGACAAAGAAUGGUCUCGCACCAUUACACAUGGCUGCUCAAGGAGAUCACGUAGACGCAGCAAGGGUUCUACUUUAUCAUCGUGCACCUGUGGAUGAAGUAACAGUAGACUAUUUAACAGCAUUGCAUGUAGCAGCUCAUUGUGGUCACGUAAGAGUGGCCAAACUUUUACUCGAUAGAAAUGCGGAUCCUAAUGCACGUGCACUCAAUGGUUUCACACCUCUUCAUAUCGCGUGUAAGAAGAACAGGAUAAAAGUAGUUGAACUUCUCUUAAAACACAAAGCUAGUAUCGAAGCCACUACGGAGUCCGGAUUAACUCCGCUGCAUGUAGCAAGUUUUAUGGGAUGUAUGAACAUCGUCAUUUACUUGCUGCAACACGAAGCUAGUCCAGACAUACCGACAGUAAGAGGCGAGACGCCGUUACAUUUAGCUGCUAGAGCAAACCAGACUGAUAUUAUCAGGAUACUUCUUAGGAAUGGUGCUCAAGUUGACGCUAGAGCAAGGGAGGAACAAACACCACUCCACGUUGCUUCCCGCUUAGGUAACGUUGAUAUCGUAAUGUUGCUAUUACAACACGGUGCUGGAGUUGAUGCAACAACGAAAGAUUUGUACACUCCACUUCAUAUCGCUGCUAAGGAAGGUCAAGAAGAGGUUGCUUCAGUUUUAUUAGAAAACGGCGCAUCACUUACUGCUACGACUAAAAAAGGUUUUACGCCAUUGCAUUUGGCAGCUAAAUACGGCAAUAUGAACGUGGCAAGAUUGUUACUACAAAAGAAUGCACCGGUUGAUGCUCAAGGAAAGAAUGGAGUAACUCCUCUUCAUGUAGCAUCGCAUUACGACCAUCAGAAUGUAGCAUUACUCCUAUUAGACAAGGGUGCUUCGCCACAUGCUAUGGCUAAAAAUGGUCAUACACCUUUACAUAUUGCUGCACGAAAAAAUCAGAUGGACAUUGCAACAACAUUACUGGAAUAUGGUGCAAAAGCUAAUGCAGAAUCAAAAGCUGGAUUUACGCCGCUACAUUUAAGUGCACAAGAAGGACACACUGAUAUGUCAACUUUACUUAUCGAACACAAGGCAGACACAAAUCAUAAGGCGAAGAAUGGUCUUACGCCGUUACAUUUAUGCGCACAAGAGGAUAAGGUCAACGUUGCUUCUAUCCUCGUAAAGAAUGGUGCUCAGAUCGAUGUUAAAACAAAGGCUGGUUACACGCCAUUGCACGUUGCAGCUCAUUUUGGACAAUCAGCAAUGGUGCGAUUCCUUUUGCGCUCCGGUGCAACUGUUGAUAACAGUACCAAUGCUGGUUACACGCCGUUACACCAAGCUGCUCAGCAGGGACACACGCUGGUUAUUAAUUUACUAUUAGAAAGUAAAGCUAAGCCAAAUGCUGUAACCAAUAAUGGGCAAACUGCUUUGGAUAUUGCACAAAAACUUGGCUAUAUCAGCGUCAUUGAGACAUUAAAGGUUGUAACUGAAACUAUUAUUACCACAACACAUACUAUCACUAUUGAAGAAAAAUAUAGAGUACAAGCACCCGAAUCUAUGCAAGAAACAUUCAUGAGUGACAGUGAAGAUGAAGGCGGUGGUGAUGAAAUCGGCAUGGCAGCCAUGAAUGUGUACGGGCAGCCUCCACACGCGCAACACGUGUACCUUCCUUCUUACUACAAGGGCCAAAUGACCUAUACCCGUGAAGAUCCGAUGCUCAGCGACCAACAUCAAUACCGUUACAUGACUGUUGAUGAUAUGAAAUCUAUGGGAGACGAUUCCAUGCGCGUUAAUGUUACCGAUGACGAAAGAGAUAAUCGACAUGCUGGAGCACCCACGAUAACAGAAAUGAUCACCAAGGAAAACUAUCAACGUUCUAAUGCCGCAAUUCUAAAACCGGACAAUAUAGAUAUCAAUAGGCAUCCGGUUCACGUUGGAAUCCCACAAUGGAGAAACUUCCUGGUUUCUUUCCUGGUCGACGCGAGGGGUGGUGCAAUGAGGGGAUGUAGACACAGCGGAGUUCGCGUUAUCGUCCCCCCACGUAAAGCGGCAAUGCCGAUGAGAGUAACCUGCAGAUACCUAAGGAGAGAUAAAUUGACCAAUCCGCCUCCCUUAAUGGAAGGCGAGGCUUUGGCCAGUCGUAUCUUGGAACUUGGGCCAGUCGGUGCGAAAUUUUUAGGACCUGUCAUCAUCGAAGUGCCACAUUUUGCAUCAUUAAGAGGGAAGGAACGAGAAAUAGUUAUUUUGCGUUCGGACAACGGAGAAACUUGGCGCGAACAUACCCUGGAGGCUAGCGAGGAGGCUGUACAGGAUGUUCUUAACGAGAGCUUUGAAGGAGAAGAAUUAAGCCAGCUAGAGGAUCUUCAAACGUCGCGUAUCGUAAGGAUACUUACCGCUGAUUUUCCACAUUAUUUCGCGGUUGUUUCUCGCAUCAGGCAAGAAGUACACGCUGUUGGACCGGAAGGUGGUACCGUAUCUUCAUCGGCUGUUCCUCAGGUUCAAGCUGUAUUCCCACCUGCAGCUUUGACCAAGAAGAUUAGAGUUGGCUUACAGGCCCAUCCGAUACCAGCUGAACUAGUAGCUAAACUACUAGGUAAUCGAGUUGCAGUAUCGCCCAUAGUUACGGUAGAACCACGACGACGAAAGUUCCAUAAGCCGAUAACUUUGACCAUACCGGUUCCACAAGCAGCUAAUAAAGGCAUGAUUAAUCAAUACUCGGGGGAUGCACCGACCCUAAGGCUCCUGUGCAGCAUAACUGGGGGUCAGUCUCGGGCAGUCUGGGAGGAUGUCACAGGUUCGACGCCGUUAACUUUCGUCAAGGAUUGUGUCUCUUUUACAACCACGGUAUCUGCUCGUUUUUGGCUAAUGGACUGCCGAAAUAUUUCGGAAGCAACCAAAAUGGCUACAGAACUAUAUACCCAUGCUACUCAUGUACCAUUUAUGGCUAAAUUCGUAGUAUUCGCCAAACGUAUAGAUCCUUUGGAGGCCAGGAUACGCGUAUUUUGUAUGACCGAUGACAAAGAGGAUAAAACUCUUGAACAUCAAGAACAUUUUACCGAAGUUGCGAAGAGUAGAGAUGUUGAAGUGUUAGAAGGCAAAACUCAAUACAUGGAAUUUACGGGUAAUCUCGUACCAGUAUUAAAAAGUGGCGAACAACUUCAAUUACCAUUCAGAGCGUUUAAAGAAAAUAGAGUACCGUUUACUGCGCGAAUAAAAGAUCCAGAUGCGGUAGAUAUGAUGGGUCGAAUAAUGUUUAUGAGUGAGCCUAAGGUUCCUAAAGGCGAGGUACCGCAAACGCCAAUAUGUACAUUGAAUAUUUUAUUACCUGAAAAGAUUUCGCCAGAGCCUGCAGUCUCAGAAUUGGAUUUACUUGAAUUAUCGAAAAAUUAUAGUUUUCUACGAGACGGUGGAAUCAGUCGACCGGAUGCUAUACAUAGAGCAACCAUACGUUUAAGGGAUAUAGCAAAUUUAUUAGGCAAGGACUGGGAACCAUUAGCAGAAGAACUUAACAUUGCUCCGAACGAUGUAUCCUUGAUAAAACAGAAUUAUCCUGAUAAGCCAGCACAACAAGCGGCAGCGAUGUUCAAACUUUGGCAAAGUAAUGGGAAUAAGGCGACGGGUAAUACUUUAGAAAAGGCACUCCAGAAGAUUGGCCGAGAAGAUAUUGUAAAAAAAUGUAUAUUUAACGUAGAACUUAUAACUGACGAUGUCGAAAAAGCAGUAGCAAGGGUUCGGUUAGAUCAGCCAGGUUUCGACUCCUUGAAAGAGGAGUUGGGACCUUCCAGAGACACAUCUCUUCGACGUGAUGCAACCAUGGAUCCAAAAAUGGAUCCUGAUUAUGAGGAACCAGAUAGAAUGAAGGAAUCUGAAUCCGUAGAAGAGCUUAGUAAUACCAGUCAUUUGCAGGAUAAACGAUCCAAGCAGCAUGUCACAAUCGCUAAUGGCACUGUAUUCAACGGAACCUCGACCCCCAUCAAAGAUAAAUAUGCAAGCGAUGAAAAAGAAUUGGGAGAUGUGAUGGCCGAAUUCAUAGAACAUAAAUGUCACGUUACCGACACGAUGAGUAAAAAGUUACGCGACGAGCUCGACGACGAAGAAAUUAAACGACAAAGGGUGAUUGCCGACGCUAAUAAAAUAGUUUCUGGUGUAAUAGCUGAUGCAGAGAAAGAAAAGGAGAAGUUAGCGAAGGAAGGGUGGUCGGUGGUUUAUGAUGAUAUGCGGGACAGUGAGAAGGUGAGAGGUGCUGUAGGGCAAACAUCAUUUAACAAAGAGAUAGUUCAAAGUUCAGAUCUAUUUAGGGAUGCUGAGUUAGGUAUUAUUCUACAACCAAAAGUUAGAGACGACAUAGAACCACUUAUAAUCAAACAAGAACGAGCACAAGGCGGGAAAAGGGAUCCUAAAAAGCAAAUUCCUCCUAUCCCAAAACAAGCGGGCAUUUUAAAGAAGGAUACAGUAGUAAUAGAACAACCAGUUGUUAGACAGAUUACCGUUAUAAAAGAUAUCAAACCCCCGAUAGUUACAGUAACUUCCACAGAUUCUAUCAUCUUACCUCAUAGUAAAGCAGAAGUUAGCGAAAAGGAGAAGAUGUCCAAGGAAGGUAAAGAAGUUGAUGAAAAGUUCUCGUUAGGUGAUAUCAAAGGGACAUCGCAACCUACGAAAGAUACCGAUAUUAAAAUUAAAACGACAGAAAUGAAAACCAAAAUCGAAACGGAUAUUCCGAGUAAAAGUAAAGUGGAACAAGAUGGAAAAUCAAUUGCCGAUAAACGUCAUUCCGCGUAUAAGGAUGUAUACGAUGCACAAUAUCCUACGAAGAAUCUCGAAGAAGAAACAACAGAUACGUCGACAAAGGUGAAAGAUAAAAGCGGUGGUAUAUUUUCGGGUAUUUUUAAAAGUCCCAAAUUGAAAAAAGGAAAAUCCAAAGAUUCGAAAGAUACGUCUUUUGAUAGCGGAGAUGAGGAAAACAAAACUCUCCCGGUAUCUGAGACAGUAUCAAAACUUGUAACUACAUCUCACGAUAAAACAUCUCCAUCAAAGAAAGAGACAGUAACUGUCUUAUCUGACAUCAAAUUAACAACUAUAAAUUUACUGGAGGAUGCUAAAAAUACUGCUGCUAUCUUACAUGCAUUACCAGAAUCAACCGAAAAAAAUGGAUCAGUAACAGUUCCCGUAGAAGAUAAGAAGGACAAAUCAUCAAUCGAAGUUCAUACUACUAAGCCACAAGUAGUGUCAGGAGUAAAAGAAAAAAUUACGAUUGUAGGAACGAAAAAAGAACAGGUUAAUGGAACGUCAACGAUGAAACCAGAUCAGACAAUAGAUUCUGUUGAUGGAAUAGGUAAAAAGAUCGAGCGAGAAGAUAACAAGAAUCUCGAAAUAACGUCUAAGAGUAGUCCGAUUAAACAGGAAAAUAUUCCUAAAUCUGACACUAAGGAAUCACCGAAGAAAGAAGAUAAAGAUGAUACCGAGACAGAUACGACUGGUAAAGAACGCGGUGGUAUAUUCGGUAUAUUUAGAAGUCCGAAAUUGAAAGAUAAAAAAACAAGUAAAGUAGUAAAAGAUUCGUCGGUUGAUUAUAGCGACGAGGAGCUUAAAUCUACGACUGAAAAAUUCCUCGAGGAAACGCGUAAAAUUGCUGACGAGGAUGCUAUUUAUACGAGUUACAAGACGGAUGAUAAAAAACCUAUUGCAACAAGUCCAGUAGCUACGUUCAGUGCUCCUAUUUACGAUAGCUUUGAUGUACCAGUAGACAAAGUUAGUAGACAUUCGUACGAUGUAACAGAUAAAUUUACACCCGAACAAACUCUAUCGCCAGAUAAAAAAACUGAUAAAGAAACUGCAGAAGAGAGCAAGGAGAAAGGUAACUUCUUUGGCAUAUUUAAAAGUCCUAAACUCAAGUCUAAAAAGAGAUCGAGAGAUCGUAGCACUUCGAAGGAGAGAUCGUUUGAAAGCACAGAUGAAGAUUCUUAUAAUGCAGACGUCAAAACUAUGGAACGGUCGAGCAAACCAUCGAUCCAAAAGGAAGAAGAGAGCCAGGAAUCUGGAUCAGGAGAUGAAGGUAGCAAAGAAAAAAGUGGUGGAAUUUUUGGAAUGUUCAGAAGUCCCAGAUUGCAACGUGGCUCUCGAAGCAAAUCCAAAGAAAAAAGUUUGCCGCCUGAGGUACCGCAAAGUGAUUUCAAAGAAACAACAGCCAAGUUUUUGGAAGACACGCGAAAUACUGCUGGAUUAAUCAGUGGUUAUCAACAAUCGCAUAUAAUUUCACCACAAAGUCAAGACGAUAAGAUUAAAGAACAAACUCCACCAAUCGAAAAGGUACCCGGUGAUAAAGCAGAUACUACAGCUCAAAAAGUUGUAAACGGUAUAAAAGAUGUAAAAGAUACUGUAGCAAAAGAACUGAAAGAAGAUACUAAAGCUGUUAAGGAUGCGCUUACUGCUGGUGCUGGUGCUGCUGUGGAUGGUGCACAAUCAGCGAAAGAUAAAAUUGCAAAAGAAAGCAAAAAGGCAAAGGAUAAAACAUCGGGAUUUUUCUCAGGUAUUUUCAAGGGAACUAAGCAAACGGUUGAUGACGUAUCCGAUGAUGUUAAAGAUUUCGUAGAAGAAACGAAAACCGAGGUAGCAGAAAAAGAGGCUGGUGCAAAAGAAGCAGCUGCACAAGCUGUAAAAUCUACCGAUGAUGCAAAGGAUAAACUUGUGACUGGCGUUAAAGAUCUGAAAGAUAAGACAGUAGCAAAAGUAGACGAUGCAAAGGAGAAAAUAACUGCUGGUGUAAAAGAUACUAAAGAUAAGACUGUUGCAGUGACACAGGAAACCAAGGAAAAAAUAGUGACCAUCACAAAAGAUACGAAAGACAAAGCAGUAACUGGAGCACAGGAUGUCUCCGAGAAAGUAGUAGCUGGAGUAAAGGAUGUAAAAGACAAAACAGUGAAAGGAGCCAAAGACCUCACCAAGAAAACAGUAGCUGGUGUAAAAGAUGUUGAAGAUAAGAGUGCUUCAGCUGUUGCAGAAGUUAAAGACAAAAUCGUUUCUAGUGGAAAGACAGCCGCUGAUAAAAUAGAAACCACAGCUCGCGGAGUUUCAGAUAGUGCAAAAGACGCAAAAGAUGCUGCAGCAAAAGAACUAAAAGAAGAUGUUAAAGCUGUAAAGGGAGUAGUUACAACUGGUGCUGAAGCUGUUGUGGAUGCCACUCAGUCAGGUAAAGAUAAGGCUGCAAAAGAAACGAAGAAAGCUAAAGAAAAAACAACUGGAUUCUUCUCGGGAAUAUUCAAAGGAGCCAAGCAUGCGGUAGAAGAUGUCUCUGGUGAUUUCAAAGAAUUUUUAGAUGAAACCAAAGCCGAAGCAGCCGAAGAAGAAGCGCGUGCAAAAGAAGCAGCUGCUAAAGCUGCAAAAUCUGUAGAUGAUGCUAAAGAUAAAGCCAAGACUGAAGUUAAAGAUCUAAAAGAUAAAACUGCAGAAAAAGUGCAAGAUGCGAAAGAAAAAACAGUGGCCAGUGUUAAAGAUGCAAAAGAUAAAACUGUAACUACAACGCAAGAUAUCAAAGAGAAAAUUGUGACCAGUGUUACAGAUGCUACAGGAAAAGCAGCAAGUAAAGCAAGUGACGUUACCGAAAAAGUAGUAACUGGUGCAAAGGAUGCAAAAGAUAAAUCAAAGGAAAAAGUGAAGGAUAUGACGGAGAAAACAGCAGAAGUCAUCAAAGAUGGAAAAGAAAAAACAGCUGCUGCAGCUACGGAUGCAGGCGAAAAAAUGAUCUCUGGUGGGAAAGCAGCUGCUGUUAAGGUAGAAACUGCAGCACACGGAGUUGCUGAUGGUGCCAAACAUGCGAAAGAUGCAGCAGCAAAAGAAUUGAAAGAAGAUGCUGAAGCUGUGAAAAGUACACUUUCCACUGGUGUUGAUACUGUUGUAGACGCAACAAAAUCAGCGAAAGAUAAAUCUGAGAAAGAAGUUAAAAAAGCUAAAGAUAAAACAUCUGGAUUUUUCUCAAGUAUUUUCUGGGGAUCGAAGAGCUCGUUUGAUGAUGCUUCCGAUGAUGUUCAACAGUUUUUGGAUAAGACUAAAGAUGAAGCCGAAGAAGAAAAAGCGCGUGCAAAAGAAGCAGCUGCUAAAGCUGCAAAAUCUGUAGAUGAUGCUAAGGAUAAAGCCAAGACUGAAGUUAAAGAUCUAAAAGAUAAAACAGCCGAAAAAGUGCAAGAUGCGAAAGAAAAAACAGUGGCCAGUGUUAAAGGUGCAAAAGAUAAAACUGUAACUACAACGCAAGAUAUCAAAGAGAAAAUUGUGACCACUGUUACAGAUGCUACAGGAAAAGCAGCAAGUAAAGCGAGUGACGUUACGGAAAAAGUGGUAACUGGUGCAAAGGAUGUAAAAGAUAAAUCAAAGGAAAAAGUUAAGGAUAUAACGGAGAAAACAGUAGAAGUCAUAAAAGAUGGAAAAGAAAAAACAGCUACUGCAGCUACCGAUGCAGGCGAAAAAAUAAUCUCUGGUGGUAAAGCAGCUGCUGUUAAGAUAGAAACUGCAGCACACGAAGUUGCUGAUGGUGCUAAACAUGCGAAAGAUGCAGCAGCAAAAGAAUUAAAACAAGAUGCUGAAGCUGUGAAAGGUACACUUUCCACUGGUGUUGAUACUGUUGCGGACGCAACAAAAUCAGCUAAAGAUAAAACUGCGAAAGAAGCUAAAAAAGUUAAAGACAAGACGUCUGGAUUUUUCUCGGGUAUUUUUAAAGGAGCCAAGCAUUCAGCUGAAGAUGUUUCUGCAGAUGUUAAGGAGUUUUUGGACAAGACAAAAGCCGAAGCUGCAGAAGAAGAGGCACGUGCUAAAGAAGAUGACAUCAAAGAUAAAGUAGUGUCGGGCACUAAAGAUGCUAAAGACAAAGCAGUAAGUAAAGCAAGUGAUAUUACACAUGCAGCAGUUACUGACGUGAAGGAAGCAAAAGGAAAAACAAUUGAAGCAGUACAAGAUGUUACGGAAAAAACAACUGCAGGCAUGAAGGAUGUCAAAGAUAAAUCUACACUAGCAGCAACAGAAGUAAAAGAUAAAAUAAUUUCUGGUACUAAAACGACUGCUGAUAAAGUUGAAAAAGCAGCAGAAAAGGUUGCAGAUGAUGCUAAAGAUGCUAAGGAUGGUCUAGGAAAAGAAUUGAAAAAAGAUGCAGAAGUCUUAAAGGGUGCUAUUAUUACUGGUGCUGAUACUGUUGUAGACGGUGCUCAGUCAACAACAGAUAAGGCUGCAAAAGAAACGAAGAAAUCGAAAGACAAGGCAACUGGUUUCUUCUCGGGUAUUCUAAAGGGAGCUAAGCACGCGGUAGAAGAUAUCUCGGGAGAUAUUAAAGAAUUUGUAGAAGAAACAAAGGCCGAAGCUGCAGAAGAAGAAGCACGUGCGAAAGAUGCAGCUGCCAAAGCUGCAAAAUCUGUAGAUGAUGCUAAGGACAAAGCCAAGACUGAAGUUAAAGAUCUAAAAGAUAAAACAGUAGAAAAAGUGCAAGAUGCRAAGGAAAAAACAGUGGCCGGUGUUAAAGAUGCAAAAGAUAAAACUGUAACUACAACGCAAGAUAUCAAAGAGAAAAUUGUGACCAGUGUUACAGAUUCUACAGGAAAAGCAGCAAGUAAAGCGAGUGACGUUACCGAAAAAGUGGUAACUGGUGCAAAGGAUGCAAAAGAUAUAUCAAAGGAAAAAGUAAAGGAUAUGACGGAGAAAACAGUAGAAGUCAUAAAAGAUGGAAAAGAAAAAACAGCAGCAGUAGCUACGGAUGCAGGCGAGAAAAUAAUCUCUGGUAGUAAAGCAGCUGCUAUUAAGGUAGAAACUGCAGCACACGGAGUUGCUGAUGGUGCAAAACAUGCGAAAGAUGCAGUAGCAAAAGAAUUGAAAGAAGACGCCGAAGUUGUGAAAGGUGCAAUAAGUACUGGCACUGAUACUCUUGUGGACACAGCCAAAUCAGCUAAAGAUAAAACUGCGAAAGAAGCUAAAAAAGCUAAAGACAAGACGUCUGGAUUUUUCUCGGGUAUUUUUAAGGGAGCUAAGCAUACAAUUGACGACGCUUCCGAUGAUGUUCAAGAAUUCUUGACUAAAACGAAAGCAGAAGCAGAAGAAGAAAAAGCACGUGCUAAAGAAACAAUAUCACAAGCCGAAAAAUCUGUCGAUGAUGUAAAAGACAAGGCAGUUGCAGGAAUUAAAGAUAUAAAAGAUAAAACAGUCGAAGGAGUGCAAGAUGCGAAAGAAAAAACAGUAGCUGGUAUUAAAGAUGCAAAAGAUAAAACUGUAACUACAACGCAAGAUAUCAAAGAGAAAAUUGUGACCAGUGUUACAGAUGCUACAGGAAAAGCAGCAAGUAAAGCGAGUGACGUUACCGAAAAAGUAGUAACUGAGGCAAAGGAUGCAAAAGAUAAAUCAAAGGAAAAAGUUAAGGAUAUGACGGAGAAAACAGUAGAAGUCAUUAAAGAUGGAAAAGAAAAAACGGCUGCUGCAGCCACGGAUGCAGGCGAAAAAAUAAUCUCUGGUGGAAAAGCAGCUGCUGCCAAAGUAGAAACUACAACGCACGCAGUUGCUGAUGGUGCUAAACAUGCGAAAGGUGCAGUAGCAAAAGAAUUGAAAGAAGAUGCUGAAGCUGUGAAAGGUACACUUUCCACUGGUGUUGAUACUGUUGUGGACGCAACAAAAUCAGCUAAAGAUAAAACUGCGAAAGAAGCUAAAAAAGUUAAAGACAAGACGUCUGGAUUUUUCUCGGGUAUUUUUAAGGGAACCAAGCACACAGUUGACGACGCUUCCGAUGAUGUUCAAGAGUUCUUAAAUAAAACAAAAGCUGAAGCGGAAAAAGAAAAAGCACGUGCUAAAGAAACUGCUUCAAGUGCGGCUAAAUUUAUAGAAGAUGCGAAAGAAAAGACUGUAUCUGGGUUACAAGAUGGUAAAGAGAAAACAAUAGUUGCUGUUAAAGAAUCGAAAGAUAAAACUGUUGCUACCGCAAAAGACGUCAAAGAGAAGAUUGUAUCUGGUACUAAAGAUGUCGGUAACAAAGCUGUAACUGGAGUGCAAGAUAUCACCGGUAAAGUGGUAUCUGAUGUAAAAAGUACAAAGGACAUAACAAUUGAAGGAGUCCAUGGUCUUACGGAAAAAGUAGCGACUGAAUUGAAGGAUGUUAAGGAUAAAGCCUCUGUAGUAGUUGCAGACGCAGGAGAUAAAAUUAAGUCUAGAGAAAAGAAAGCAGCUGAUAAAGUAGAAACUGCAGUUCAUGAAGUGGCGGAUGGAACGAAGCGUGCGAAGGAUGCUGUAGCGAAAGAACUGAAAGAAGAUACCGAAGCUGUAAAAGACUCAUUUACCUCCGCUGCUGGUGCUGUAGCGAGUGAUGCACAAUCAGCAAAAGAUAAAGCUGCAAAAGAAACCAAAAAAGCGAAAGAUAAAACAUCUGGAUUCUUUUCAGGCAUAAUUAAAGGAGCUAAACAUGCUGUUGAAGAAGUUUCUGAAGACGUUAAAGAAUUUUUGGCAGAGACAAAAGUUGAAGCUGCUGAAGAAGAGGAGCGUGCGAAAGAAGAUGCAUUGCGUACUGCAAAAUCUGUAGAAGAUACCAAAAAUAAGAUCGCUGAAAGUGCUAAAGAACUAAAGGACAAAACAGUAACAGAAAUACAAGAUGCAAAGGACAAGACAGUAUCUGCUGUUAAAGAUACAAAGGAUAAAACAAUUGUUACAACGCAAGAUGUCAAAGGAAAAUUAGUUUCUAGCGCUAAAGAUGCUAAAGACGGAACAGUUAGUGGAUUACAGGAUGUUAAAGAAAAAGUUGUAGUUGGUGUAAAAGACGUAAAAGAUAAAGUAGAUUCUACAGUUGUUAAAACGGAAGGUAAAAUUUUAUCCGAUGGUAAGGAAGCUGGUGAUAAAGUAAAAGUAACAGCACAUGAAUUUACAGAAGGUGCAAAAGAUGUGAAAGAUGCUUUUACAAAAGAAGGUAAAAAAGAUGCUGAAGUAUUAAAAAGUGCUGCUAUUGCUGGAGCUGAUACUGUUGUGGAUGGUAGUCAGUCAGCAAAAGAUAAAGCUGCAAAAGGAGCAAAGAAAGCUAAAGAGAAAACAUCAGGAUUUUUCUCUGGCAUAUUCAAGGGAGCAAAACAAGCAGUAGAAGAUGUCUCUGAUGAUUUUAAAGAAUUUUUAGAUGAAACUAAAGCCGAAGCUGCCGAAGAAGAAGCGCGUGCAAAAGAAGCAGCUGCUAAAGCUGCAAAAUCUGUAGAUGAUGCUAAAGAUAAAGCCAAGACUGAAGUUAAAGAUCACGAAGUUAAAAGUAAGGCACAUGAUUUAACGGAUAAAACAGUAACUGGUGUAAAAGAUGUUAAAGAUAAAACAGUCGAAGGGGUAUCACAUAUUGCUGAGAAAACUACGGAUGGUGUCAAAGAUAUAAAAACUAAAGCAGCUUCUGCAGUUACAGCAACAGGAGCUGGUAUUAUUUCGGGUGGGAAAAUAGUUACAGAUAAAAUAAAAACCACAACUCACAGUGUAGCUGAGACUACAAAGGAUGCAAAAGAGGCUGCAGCUAAGGAAAUUAAAAAAUAUGCUGAAAUCGUUAGAGGUGCUGCAAUUGCUGGAGCUGAUACUGUCGUAGAUAGUGCUCAAUCAGCUAAAGAUAAGGCUGGGAAAGAAACUAAAAAAGCUAAAGAGAAAACAUCUGGAUUUUUCUCUGGUAUAAUUAAAGGUGCUAAACAAGCAGUAGGAGAUGUCACUGAUGAUGUGAAAGAAUUCUUUGAAGAAACCAAAGCCGAAGCUGAAGCUGAAGAGGCGCGUGCAAAGGAAGCUGCAACGCGUUCAGUUAAAAUGGGAAAAGAUUCGAAAGAUAAAACUGCAGAUACUAUCAAGGAUACAAAAACGAAGGCAGAGGCCAAAGUAUCUGAUGCUGGACACAAAAUUACAAGUGUUACCACUGCUACUUCUGACGAUUAUUUCCUUCCCAGGGAAUCUGAAGAUAGACGAAAAAUAAAUGAACAAUUUGGAGGUAGAACGACCACGAUUAUAAGUAGUAAAAUAAUUUCUCCUGUACAAGGAGAUUCUACACCAGAAGGUUACGGUUUUUCAACAUCUACAUUCGAUCCCAAACCUGGUAUUAACACAGUUAGUUCCAUUGUUAGUAGUGAUCAGGAUUUGGUAUCACGGGAUAGAUCGAAAAAAAUUUCGCGCAUUCCACAACGUAUUAGUACUUCUCCGGAUGACAGAACUGAGCAGCUAAGUACAAAUUUGGGUUCAGGUAGAGUAGUUGUGAUAUCUAGUGAAUCAGAGCACCUUGAACCUUACACAAGACAAUCCGUCACCACAGUCGUAACAAAGUCUGUGCGGACGGCAGCAACACCACCACCCAGUCUCGCCGAGUUCACUGACAGUAGAAUCGAAGAUGUAACAGAAGAAGCUGCAAGACGAGCACAAAACCUAGUUCAACAAACAUAUUCUGUGACAAAACCAGGGCAUGAUUCGGCUGAGAUUGAUGGGACUGUAGAGAGGCAUGCUACUUCUGCUCCAACAAAGCAACCUGUUCCCGCCCCACGUCAUUUCACCACCAAGUCGUCCGCCAAAGCUGAUUUUCAUCUAGAUCUUGGAGACGCUUCACGAACACCACAUGGUUUUCAAAUAAAGAAACCAUACGAACGUUCUCCUGAAUCUCCAGAAAAAAGCAGCCCUAAAUCCAAGAUUCCUGUGAAAAUAAGGAAACAGAUAGAAGAAGAAGAAAAUCUCAAAAUUAGUAAAAGUAUAGAAUCAGAUAUUCGUACCCGGUCAAAGAUGGAAUCUCAUAUUCCUUUGUUAAGAUCAACCGAUGUAGUACGUAUUACGAAGGAUGAAUUGUUAGACAAAGAUCAUAAGACUCUGUCGCAAUUAAAUACCAAUCGUCCUAUCGACGAAGAUAAGGAUAUUAUAGAGACUGAAUAUUUGACGAAGAAGGAAAACAUCGAAAUGUAUCCAUCGAAAGUAUUUGAGUCUGAUAAAACUUAUACUACGGUGACAACGAUCGUGUCUUCCUCGGAUCAAACGAUCGAUCCCGACAAAUUAAAGGAACUCAUGCAAAUGGAUGAAAUAUUAAAGACUGUCAAAACCGUAACUACUACGAUGGAAAUAACAGAUUCCGGAUAUCCUACGGAAGUUGUUAAAAGGGAAACUACUAGAAUCACCGAAGUUUCCCCUGAUCUUAGACAAAUUAGCGAAGAUCAAACUAAUAUAGGAUUAAAUACAAGUAACAGUAGUAGUCAAAGUAUGAAAACAAACGAAGAUGGAACAUUCAUAGAAAGAGUAACAACGAUAAGGCAUUUUACUGGACCAUUUUAUUCGGAAAAAUUAAGUCAAUCGAUGUUAGAAUCUAUGAGAACUGGCGAUGAUCGAUCGGAUGAUCCAUUCUUUUCAUCGGACAUGAAGACGUCGGAAUGCGAUAUUGAUAGGGGUUACGUGAAAGCUGGAAAAUCGGAAAGCGAUGAACGUGACACAUGGGCGCAAGCUGUUGCGGCAGAAUACUCCAUUAAUAAUUCGGAGCAAUGGGAAACGCAGCUAUCUUUAGACACGUCACCUGGUUCUGGUAACGGUGACAUUUAUACAAAGAACGAUAGUUCGCGGCACGAAUUGAACAGCGACACAGAUAGUGAUGGUUCACCUCGGCCAAGAAGAAGAUCCCCAUGCAAGAGACGUACUUUGGGCAGUUCUAGCGGGUCGGACGUAGCACUGCACGAAGGUGCAGAACUGUCCCCAUUGGAGGACGACCAAGUGACAGAAACAGACAGUACGGUACGAUCAGUUUGCUCGAGCAUGCAGUGCAGUGUGAUAGAGACGAAGCCUAGGACGAAGACUACCGGUAGGACGAGCUGUGCUUGUUGGAUGAGCGCAGCAGCUGCUGUAUUGAUGGUCCUACUAGCACUUUUACUUACCGUGGAGCCACGUACAUUCCAACGUGCCAUCUACACUCUCUCUAACAAUAUCCCGAGGCAAGCUGGAAUCUGACUUUUUGCAACAAAGCGAGCCAACUUUUGUAGAGACCACAACGACCGAAGUGGAUCCUUUAACGCAGGAAAG